GGUUGGAGGUUGCAGUGGUUACAGCCUGUCUCAUGUAUCAGUGUACAGCGGAGCCUUCAGGCAGCUGCUCUCUGCAGGUUUGAUGCCCCGUUCAGAACCUGGUUGCUUGCUCUGAAAAUGACCCUGCCUAUCCGCCGUGCAGGAAUGGCCUCUACUGGGAACCUUUCUGAAGAGCAGGUGCACUGCUCCAUCUGUCUGGACGUCUUCACUAACCCCGUGUCCAUCCCCUGCGGACACAACUUCUGCCAGGGCUGCAUCCUGGGAUACUGGAAAACCAGCCCUUUGUACCAGUGCCCGAUGUGUAAGAAGUCCUUCACCAAAAGGCCUGACAUUAGCAUCAACACGGUCCUGAGGGAAAUCGCAGAGCAGUUCAAGGAGAUCAGGGUUCGGAGUGCGGAGGAAAAGGCGGAGGAGGAAGACGAGAGAGAAAAGAAGUGGAUGAUGGAGAGAGGGAAAAGGGAGGAUGAGCAGAGGCUCCUGGAGAAAGGUCAGAAACAGCAGCUUCUGGAGGAGCUGAAGCAGAAGCAAGAGGAGGAGAGGAGAAAGAAAGGGAAGCCAGGAGAGAAAAAACUUCUGCUAGAGGAGCUCCCGCCGCUGAUCCCCCCUGUGUCAGCACCCAGAACCUCUCCCCCGCCGUCACCCCAGGCCACAGCUCAGGGGCCGCCACCGCCGCCUCCUCUGCCCCAAACAUCACCCCCACCUUCCCCUCCAAUCCCUGCUUCUCCAUCUCCUCAGACCUCCCCUCCGCCUCCCUCCUCUUCCCUCCCGCCUCCUACCUGGGAGGAAGUCCUCUGUGAUGUCUGCCUGGGGGACGGCAGGCCAAAAGCGAUCAAAUCCUGCCUCGUGUGUCUCACUUCCUACUGCGAGGAGCACCUGACGUCUCAUUCCGCCAGGUUCACCAAGCACAAGCUGAUAGAGCCCGUCGCCAACAUGGAGGACCGGAUGUGUCCGAAGCACGAGAGGCUCCUGGAGCUGUUCUGUAAGAGGGAUCAGACCUGUGUGUGCGUGCUCUGCACGGAGACGGACCACAGGGCGCACUACACCGUCCCCGUGGAGAGAGAGUGGACAGAGAAAAAGGCACAGCUGAAGAAGACAGAAAUAGAUGUCCAGCAGAUGAUCCAGGAGAGAGUGACGAAAGUGGAGGAGAUCAAACACUCUGUGGAACAAAACAAAGCCAGUGCUCAGAGGGAGGUGGAGGAAAGCAUGCAGGUCGUCUCGGAGCUGGUGUGCUCCAUCCAGAAGAGUCAGGCCGAGCUGGUUUUGGUCAUAGAGGAGAAGCAGAGGCAGACGGAGAGCUGGGCCCAAGGCCUCAUCACUGCACUGGAGCAGGAGAUCGCUGAGCUGAAGAGGAGGAAUACAGACUUGGAGAAUGUGGCUCGGACCGACCACAUUCACUUCUUAAAGAGCUUCCCAGCCCUAAGUACUCCUCCCUGUGUCAAAGACUGGUCUGAGACCAGUGUUCCCACUGACAUGUGUGUAGGCAUGAUCAGGAGAUCUGUGUCCAAACUGAAGGCAACGUUGAAUGAAAUGAUCAGCAAACUGGCUGAAAGUGAGAUCAAGAAGAUAUUGAAAUACAGAGUGGACGUCACUCUGGACCCUGACUCAGCCAACCCGUGGUUGCAGCUUUCCCAGGACCGACAUCAGGUGAGACACCUGGGUGCAUGGCAGGACCUCCCAGACCACCCGGAUCGCUUCGACACAGUGGUCAUCGUCCUGGGCCGCGACGGCUUCACCUCGGGGAGACACUACUGGGAGGUCCAGGUGGGGGACAAGGACGACUGGUACAUGGGCGUGGCCAGGUCUUCUGUCAACAGAAAGGGCAGGAUCUCUGUAAGCACGACACAGGGCUACUGGGCCCUGGCUAUGAAGAAAGGCCAGGGGUACCGGGUGUCAACGUCCCCGCCUAUAACGCUCCCCCUCGACCCCAAGCCCAAGCGAGUGGGCGUGUACGUGGACUACGAGGAGGGGCAAGUGUCCUUUUAUGAUGUAAAGGCUCGGACCCAUAUUUACACUUUUAAAGAUACAUUCAUUGAGAAGAUCUUGCCCUUUUUCUACCUGUACUGCUGCGACAAAGCCUCUGAUACCAUCGUGAUUUGUGCUGUAGAUGAGAAAAGUCUGAUCAAGCAAAACUAAGGACAAGUUUGACAGUAAAAACAAUCCUCAUUAAAUUGAAAACUGCAUUUUGUGGUAGCCAAACUUCUUUUGAUGGGAUCCCUUAUUUUAUUUUGUUGUAUAUUUAUUACAUGUAUAGUGGAGCUCAACAAAUAUAUUAUUGUACACAUUACGUAUUCAUAUCAGCUGAUGGAAGUUCCACAAAGCCUUAAAGGAUUCGGGAAAUAUGCAUAUUUGCUUUCUUGCAGAGGGUUAGAUAAGUUUGAUUUCGCUCUCAUGUCAUGUCAUGUCUCAUAAGAAGAUUUGAACCUCUGCUAUGUCUGUACGGUAAAUAUAGCCUACAGCUAGAGCCAACAGCCAGUUAGCUUAGCUUAGCAUAAUCACUGGAAACAGAGGGUAACCUCUUGCCUACCUCUGUCCAUAAACAACAACAUUCAUCUAACAGCACCUUUAAAGCUCACUUAUUGACACUUUAAAUCCCAUUAAUUGAAUGGGGGGAGGUUGAUUUUAUGAUUGCAUGUUUAAGUUUUAUUUAAAUGUGAUUGAUGCUGUGAAGGUUGUGUGCUGAAGAGAAGUGUGUUCAUGAUUUACAACAAUAAAUAUUCUCAAUUGUCACCUUU